AAUCUCACUGGACGUCAUCAAAGCUCUUGAAACUUUCGGAGACAGAAGGGCAGCUUUCUGAAAUGCAAUCUCCCACCUGGUGAUAAGGUAGACGCUGUGAGGACUGACCGCCAUGCAGGGUCGGACAGUCAAAGCCCCUAAAAGGGAGAUGGUGAUAGAGAGUCCCCAGCAGUACAAAAGUUUAGCCGAGAUUGAGGCAGAGGUUGAAGGAGUACCACAGGUGCCAGUGGUAAAACCAAAGAUCAUAGAGCCUCUGGACUAUGAGAAUGUGAUUCUUCAGAGGAAGACCCAGAUCAUGAGUGAUGUUCUCCGGGACAUGUUACAGUUCCCUACGGAUGACUUCCAGAUCUCCACCCUGCGGCGCCAGGGACGCACUCUGCUCUCCACCGUGCCAGAGACCGCUGAGAAAGAAGCUUCCUCUCUGUUUGUCCAAGAGUGCAUUCAAACGUACAAGUCGGACUGGCAUGUGGUCAACUACAAGUAUGAAGAGUAUUCUGGAGACUUUCGCCAGCUUCCACAUAAGGUGUUGAGACCUGACAAACUUGCUCCCCACGUGUUCGAAGUUGACGAAGACGUAGAAAAAGACGAGGAUGCAGCCUCCCUUGGAUCCCAAAAGGGAGGAGUGUCUAAGCAUGGCUGGCUCUAUAAAGGCAACAUGAACAGCGCAAUUAGUGUUACUAUGAGGUCUUUCAAGAGGAGAUACUUCCAUCUGGCUCAGCUGGGAGAUGGAUCCUACAACCUUAACUUCUACAAGGAUGAAAACACCUCCAAGGAGCCAAAAGGAACCAUCUUUCUGGACUCGUGCAUGGGGGUCGUUCUGAAUAGCAAAGUGCGUCGAUUUGCCUUUGAGCUGAAGAUGCAGGAUAAGAGCACCUUCCUGCUGGCUGCUGACAGCGAAGCAGAGAUGGAGGAGUGGAUCAGCACCCUGAAUAAAAUUCUCCACAGCAGCUUUGAACAGGCCAUGCAGGAGAAAAGGAACGGAGACCUGAUCGAUGACGAAGACCAUGGAAAACCAGAAAUAUCCUCAGGAAGCUUGCCAGACAACUUUCAGACUGCCAGAGAUAUCGAAUCCAAAAUGAGAAGUGAAGCUCGCCUUAAGCUGUUUACUCUGGAUCCAGACACCCAGAAACUGGACUUUUCUAGCAUCGAACCAGACGUGCGUCCGUUUGAGGAGAAGUUCGGAAAGAGAGUCCUGGUCAGCUGUCACAACCUGUCAUUCAAUCUGCAGGGCUGUGUGACAGAAAACGAAGAUGGGCCCACGACCAACGUUGAACCGUUCUAUGUGGUCCUAUCCCUCUUCGAUGUCCAGAACAGUAGAAAGAUCUCGGCCGACUUCCACGUAGAUCUCAACCACCCUUUAGUCCGUCAGAUGACAUUAGGUCACGGCAGCAGGUCCAGUUCGGAUAUCAUCAGCGAUGGUCCUCCAGAAGGCCUCGGGCUGACUCCUCACUAUCCAACACAAGGGGUCUUCUCAGUCACCUGCCCUCACCCAGACAUCUUCCUGGUUGCAAGAAUUGAGAAGGUUCUCCAAGGGGGGAUCACCCACUGCACCGAACCCUAUGUGAAGAGUUCAGACUCCACCAAAGUGGCUCAGAAGGUGUUAAAGAACGCGAGGACGGCUUGCAGCAGACUGGGACAGUACAGGAUGCCAUUUGCCUGGGCUGCAAGGCCUGUGUUCAAGGAUGCAUCUGGAACUCUGGAGAAAAACGCUCGUUUCUCAGCCCUCUACAGGCAGGACAGCAGCAAGCUGUCAGACGAAGACAUGUUCAAACUCCUCACCGACUUCAGAAAGCCAGAAAAAAUGGCAAAACUUCCUGUGCUCUUGGGGAACUUAGAUGUUACUAUUGAUAACGUUGCACCGGAUGUACCCAACUGUGUCACUUCCUCGUACAUCCCAGUGAGAAACUUUGAGCAGAAUGGUCCAGGAAACGCUCUUCUCGAGGUGGAGGAGUUUGUGCCCUGUAUUGCUAAGUGUGCCCAACCGUUCACUAUAUAUAAAAACCACCUCUAUGUCUACCCGAAACACCUCAAGUAUGAUGGGCAAAAGUCCUUUGCAAAGGCGAGGAACAUUGCUGUUUGUGUUGAGUUCAAGGAUUCAGAUGAAGAUGAAGCUCAGCCACUGAAGUGCAUCUAUGGCCGCCCUGGAGGGCCUCUGUUCACCAAACAGGCGUAUGCAGCUGUUCUUCACCACCAGCAGAACCCUGAGUUCUACGAUGAGAUAAAGAUAGAGCUGCCGACUCAGCUGCAUGAGAAACACCACCUUCUCUUCAGCUUUUAUCAUGUCAGCUGUGACAACAACAGCAAGAAGAAGGAUGUAGUAGAGACUCCUGUGGGUUCAGCUUGGUUGGCACUCCUGAGGGAUGGUGGGAGAGUCAUCAUGAAUGAACAGCAGCUACCUGUGGCUGCAAAUCUCCCUCCUGGGUAUCUUAGCUCCCAUGAUGGAGUCAACAAGCAGUCUGGCUCUGAGAUUAAAUGGGUAGAUGGAGGCAAACCGCUGUUCUCAGUCUCUACCCAUCUUGUUUCUACAGUUUACACCCAGGAUCAGCAUCUGCACAACUUCUUCCAACACUGUCAAAGCAUGGACAUGUCAGAGCAAGCUUCAGAGGGGGAGCUGAUUAAAUACCUGAAGAGCCUUCAUGCAAUGGAAGGUCAUGUGAUGGUCAACUUUCUGCCCACCAUCCUCAACCAGCUGUUCUCCGUCCUCACCAGGGCGACACACGAGGACGUGGCCGUCAACGUUACCAGGGUUAUGGUUCAUGUAGUGGCACAGUGCCACGAGGAGGGACUGGAACAUUACCUGAGAUCCUUCAUCAAGGUGAAGCUUUCAAAAUUUAACUGUAGCAAAUACUGAAAUGCAGUUCACUUAAAACAUCAGACGUAUUUGGUUUUAUCUGUUAAAGUCCAACACCAAUUCUCUAAUCUUUUCUUACAGCACUCAUGGUAUUUCUUUGAGGCUCUGGUGAAAUCAAUGGCUUAUUAUCUCCUAGAGAGCGGUAAGGUCAAGCUCUCUAGGAACCAGCGUUUUUCCGCUUCCUUCUACCAUGCUGUGGAAACCCUGGUCAACAUGUUGAUGCCACACAUUACCCAGAAAUACAAGGAUAAUCUCGACGCUGCUCGCAACGCCAACCACAGCCUGGCCGUUUUUAUCAAGCGCUGCUUCACCUUCAUGGACAGAGGCUUUGUAUUCAAGCAGAUCAAUAACUACAUGAACUGCUUUGUGCCUGGAGACCCAAAGACUCUGUUUGAAUUCAAGUUUGAGUUCCUACGGGUGGUUUGCAACCAUGAGCACUACGUGCCUCUAAACCUACCAAUGCCGUUUGGAAAAGGCCGAAUACAGAGAUUCCAAGAUCUCACGCUGGACUACUCUCUGACCGAUGACUUCUGCAGAAACCACUUCUUGGUGGGGUUACUGCUGCGGGAGGUGGGCGGGGCUCUUCAGGAGCACAGAGACAUCCGGCAGAUCGCCAUCCAGGUGCUGAAGGGGCUAAUGAUCAAACACACGUUUGACGACCGUUACGCUGCUAAAAGCCACCAAGCCAGGCUGGUUACGCUCUACCUCCCUCUUUUCGGACUCCUUCAGGAAAACGUCUCCAGGCUUGACAUCAAGGACUCUCCUCCUCUCAGUAACCAGAAUAACAUGAGGGAUGACUCCCUGGUUCCAAACUCCAUGGUUACGCCUCAAAAGCCAGGAAGCUGCAUAGAAAAUGCUCUGCACAAAGAUGUGUUUGGGGUCAUCUCUGGCACAGCCUCGCCUCACAGCUCCACCCCGAAUGUGAGCUCGGUUCACCACGAAGACUGCAGAGGCUCUCUGGUCUCCACCGACUCUGCAAACAGCCUUGUGGAAAAGAGCAGCGACAAAAACAACUCCUUGGAGAAGAGCCAGUGUGUGUCAGCGGUGGGAAGCGGCGUGCUGCGCUGUGACAAACUGGACCGAGAUGAGAUCGGGAAGCUGCUCAUGUGCUUCCUGCACAUCCUCAAGAGCAUGUCAGAGGAGGCCCUGUUUUCCUACUGGAACAAAGCAGCCCCCUCAGAGUUGACGGACUUCUUUACUCUAAUAGAAAUCUGCCUCCAUCAGUUCAGAUACAUGGGAAAAAGAUCCAUCGCCAGGGCAGGGAUCCUUCACGCCCGUCUGCAGCAACUGGGAGCUCUGGAGAAUGCUCACACCAUCAAUAACAUGUACUCCCAAACAGAGGCAGAGGUAAACAGCCAGUGCCUGCUGGAGGCCAACGUGUCUACGGAGGUCUGUCUGACCGUGCUGGACACGCUGAGCACCUUCAUCAUGGGAUUCAAGACACAGCUGAUUUCAGAUCUGGGCCACAACCCCCUGAUGAAGAAGGUCUUCCAGGUGCAUCUCUGCUUCCUGCAGAUCCCUCAGUCAGAGGCGGCCCUCAAACAGAUCUUCACCUCCCUCAGGACCUUCAUUUUUAAGUUUCCAUGCACGUUCUUCGACGGCAGGGCCGACAUGUGCGCCUCGCUCUGCUAUGAAAUCCUCAAGUGCUGCAACUCCAAGCUGAGCUCCAUCCGCAGCGAUGCGGCCCACCUUCUCUACUUCCUGAUGAAGAGUAACUUCGACUACACGGGCCGCAAGUCCUUUGUGCGAACCCACCUGCAGGUGGUGAUAGCGGUUAGCCAGCUUAUAGCUGAUGUCAUUGGAAUUGGGAGCACGCGUUUCCAGCAGUCUCUCUCCAUUAUCAAUAAUUGUGCAAAUAGUGACAAGAACAUAAAGCACACAGCAUUCCCAUCAGAUGUCAAGGAUCUCACCAAACGCAUCAGGACGGUGCUGAUGGCCACCGAGCAGAUGAAGGAGCAUGAGAACGACCCAGAGAUGUUGGUGGACCUCCAGUACAGUUUGGCCAAGUCCUACACCAGCACCCCCGAGCUCCGAAAGACCUGGCUGGACAGCAUGGCUCGCAUCCACAACAAGAACGGCGACCUUUCUGAGGCAGCCAUGUGCUACGUUCAUGUUGCUGCUUUGGUGGCCGAGUAUCUGUGGAGAAAAGGAAUGUUUCGGCAAGGCUGCUCGGCAUUCAGGGUCAUCACUCCCAACAUCGAUGAGGAGGCGGCCAUGAUGGAGGAUGUAGGGAUGCAGGAUGUUCACUUCAGCGAGGAGGUGCUGCUGGAGCUGCUGGAGGAGUGUGCUGAUGGCCUGUGGAAGGCUGAGCGUUAUGAACUUAUUGCCGACGUAUACAGGCUCAUCAUUCCCAUCUAUGAGCAGCGCAGGGACUUUGAGAAACUGACACACCUCUACGACACCCUCCACCGCGCCUACACCAAAGUGAUGGAGGUGAUGCAUACUGGAAAGAGACUGCUGGGCACAUACUUCAGAGUGGCUUUCUUUGGACAGGGUUUCUUUGAGGAUGAGGACGGAAAGGAAUACAUCUACAAGGAGCCAAAGUUUACCCCCCUCUCUGAAAUCUCCCAGAGGCUUCUGAAGCUCUACUCUGACAAGUUUGGCCCCGAAAACGUCAAGAUCAUUCAGGAUUCUGGCAAGGUCAACCCUAAAGACCUGGAUUCCAAGUAUGCCUACAUCCAGGUGACUCAUGUUACGCCUUACCUGGACGACAAGGAGCUGGACGACCGAAAGACUGACUUUGAGAAAAGCCACAACAUCCGGCGCUUCGUGUUCGAGACGCCGUUCACCGUUUCGGGCAAGAAGCAGGGGGGAGUGGAGGAGCAGUGCAAAAGACGCACAAUACUAACCACAACCCACUGUUUCCCUUACGUUAAGAAGCGAAUCGCAGUCAUGUACCAGCACCAGAGCGACCUGAGCCCCAUAGAGGUGGCCAUAGACGAGAUGAGCGCCAAGGUGGCCGAGCUGCGGCUGCUGUGCUCAGCGUCCGAGGUGGACAUGAUCCGCCUGCAGCUCAAGCUGCAGGGCAGCAUCAGUGUUCAGGUCAACGCGGGCCCUCUGGCAUAUGCUAGAGCCUUUUUAGAUGACAGCAGUGCCAAAAAAUAUCCGGACAACAAAGUCAAACAGCUAAAAGAAGUCUUCAGGCAGUUUGUGGACACCUGCGGCCAUGCACUGGGUGUGAAUGAACGCCUGAUUAAAGAAGACCAGCAGGAGUAUCACGAUGAGAUGAAGGCUAACUACAGGGACAUGAUCAGAGAGCUGUCCAGCAUCAUGCACGAACAGAUCUACCCUGUGGAUGAUGGUACCAGGAGUGCUCUCUCUGACUCUAUGGGUAUCUUUAACGCCAUCAGUGGCACACCCGGCACCAACACACACGCCUCAACCACCAUCCUCUGAGUCGGCCUCCGUCACCGCCAGCCAUCCGAUUGACGUCCCAACGCGUUAAUGUGGGAAAAUUUACAGAUGCAUUAUUUCCGUCCAUGUGUCCAGCAAAAAAAAAUAUACAUCUAUUCUAGUUCUCUUUCUUGUUUCCUAUGGAGACUUUAUUUCUUGUUGCGUUUUACUUUAAAAGAGCUCCUGUUGCAUUUUGCAAGUGGGAAACUGUGACUGAAAACCGACGUACGGAGAACUGGAGUAUUUUUUAGGUUCAUGGUGAUUACAGCUUUACAAAAACUACAUCUAUUAGUGAUCAUGUACAGUAUUUUUUGAAAUACUUUUUUAGAAAAAGAUUUUCCAUCAAGACCCUCGUAGAGCAGAUACAUUUUGUAUUUAAUUUUUUAAAAUAAAUCAGUUUUCUAUUUUAGGCCCAUGGAGCUGUGUAUAAGCUCUCUAAAGCCACGUGAAUCACAAUAUUUGGACCUAUUUUGUUUUAUAUUAUGUCUCCUGGUUACCAAGGAAACCUACAGGACAAAAGGACAUUUUUGCCAAAGAUGGAGGAAGAUCAUCACCAGGACAAGGGUUUGCAAAUUUGAAUUCAGCUACUUCUUUGUCUGUAAUAUAGAUGUGUUUUUAUUAGCUGUAAGCUUAAAUUAAACGGCAAAAAAAAAGAUUUUUACUCAGUGUCUGUAAAUAUAUUAAGGAACUGUGAAUAAAUAAA